AUCUCAUAAAGGAAAGAGAGCCUUCCAGGCCCCACCCCUAGAGAUUCUGAUUCAGUGAGGGUGUAGGGUGUGGAGAGAGGAUGGAACAGACACCUGCAUGUUUAACAUGUGAUUUGGAUUCACCUGACCCUGUCAUCGCAGCGCUCUAACAGAAGGUGACAUGGGGUUAAUGACCAGAAUCCCAGAUUCAAACUCAUUUUUAUCCCAUUAACAAGGGCUACCUUCUGAGUUAGACGUGUCUGUGACUGCAGAAGGUGGGGGUCGCGCACUGUGGCGGAGAGGACAGAAGGAGAAAAUACCCUAGGAUUUUGGUCUUGGCUCUGGAAGGGGCAAGAAACUGACAUGGCCCCAUAGAGCACCAGCUCCUGGCAGUGCACAUCGCGCUCCUCCAGGUGGAGCCUCUCACCAAGGAACAGCAUAUCCUGGUUUAAGCAGAGCCCGAGGACUGGGAACUCUUCUCUGAAAUUGGAUCAACCUGAAGCCAGUUGCGGAACUGCACAGGGUCCCCAUGGACCUCAAGGAGAGCCCCAGCGAGGGCAGCCUGCAGCCCUCUAGCAUCCACAUCUUCGCCAACACCUCCACCCUCCACGGCAUCCGCCACAUCUUCGUGUAUGGGCCGAUGACCAUCCGGCGUGUGCUCUGGGCCGUGGCCUUCGUGGGCUCUCUGGGCCUGCUGCUGGUGGAGAGCUCCGAGAGAGUGUCCUACUACCUCUCCUACCAGCACGUCACCAAGGUGGAUGAGGUGGUGGCCCAAAGCCUGGUCUUCCCAGCUGUGACCCUCUGCAACCUCAACGGCUUCCGGUUCUCCAGGCUGACCACCAAUGACCUGUACCACGCCGGGGAGCUGCUGGCCCUGCUCGAUGUCAACCUGCAGAUCCCGGACCCGCACCUGGCAGACCCCACGGUCCUGGAGGCCCUGCGGCAGAAGGCCAACUUCAAACACUACAAACCCAAGCAGUUCAGCAUGCUGGAGUUCCUGCAUCGCGUGGGCCACGACCUGAAGGAUAUGAUGCUCUACUGCAAGUUCAAAGGGCAGGAGUGCGGCCACCAGGACUUCACCACCGGCUUCCCUAUUCCUAUCUACAGAAAGUCCUUCCCUUAAUGAAGAGAUGAGUUCUAGAAAAUUUUCUGCAAAGUGAAUCCUAGUUUGCCGCGGAUGCCUAGAAGAAGAGCUGACAUGGGAUCCCAUUGAAAAAAAUCCCCCGAAGACUGAAUUGGCAGCUUUUAGCAUCAAGUUUGCUGUCAGAGCUAUUGCUCCGUAGAACAGUUCAUAUUUCAAAGUGCCAAGAAUCCCAUGUUCUCCAUCAGACCAAAAAUAUACCACCCAGGUCUAGUGAUACCUGAAAGUAUGCUGGAUGUUUUCUCUUUUUUUGUCUGCGUGUUUAUGUUUGAUGGAACUGGGUUGAAAUAGCAAGCCGGACCGCAGGGUCAUUGGACUCACAAUCUAUUAUAACCUGAAACGGAUGGCCUACAUCAUCACCCCUGCAAGUGUGAAAUUCCGUAUAUCACAUUUCUCCCUUGCUGUGGACUGAAAACUAGUCCAUGCCGCCUGGCCUGAGUGGUUACUGGGUAGCAGAUGCUUCCAGAAACGCAUGUUUAUUAUUUGAGAAAUCUGAAGCAUGUGAUAGAAAACUGUUGAUCAUGUUGGGCUUUACUGGGGAAGAACAUUCCAAAAAGUCACAUCCCCUGGGUGCUAAAGCAUCUUUCUACUUCCCAGUACUUAUUUUUCUCAUGACUCAGGUACAUUCUGUAUUGAUUACCUUAGUGAUCAUGGAAAUUUAUACUCAAGAAAUAAAGCACGAAACACAGAA